UGUGAUUGCGCAUGCGUCCUGCGGGCGGCGCGCUUCGGUCAGUGAGCGAGCGUCACUCCGCGCGCACACAGAUGAACUUCGGCGAUGCUGCUGACGGGACUCACGGAACCCACUCGCUGCGUCUAAAAGUUCGAGAAACUUCUUUAAAGCGGCCUCUUCUGUAUUGCAGCGAAACCCGAAGACGACAAUGACGGGAGCUCGCGUGUGUGCGGUGAUCGCGCUCGUGAUGUGUGUGUCCGGCGCGUGCGAGGCGGGAUGCGCGGACAGACCGACGCCGAGAUGCUGUCCGGGACGGAAUAACGAGUGCGUGGAGAGGAGCGCGAGGAGAACCGUGUGUUACUGCGACACGUACUGCAGGAGGAGCGGCGACUGCUGCGACGAUUACCGGCCCGUGUGCCACAUCUCAGCAGCUAUAGACUGUGAGGUGCGUCAGUGGGGUCCCUGGUCUCCGUGUUCAUCCGUCUGUGGGGCGGGGACUACAGAGCGAAGCCGGCAGGUAGCCACGCCCCCUCACAAUGGAGGCACGCCCUGUCCCGACCUCAAACAGCGCCGCGGGUGUCUCGCACACACAGAGACCUGCAGCUCAGCUAAAGAGGUGGCCAAAAUCCUGCCUGACUCAUUCAGGCGGAACUUUAAGGACCCUUGGAGACGGCCGCACAUGCUUAUGAAGGAGGAGAAGAAGAGUUACUGCGUGCAGAUGCGUGUGAAGCAGGCGAGCGCUGCGUGUAAGCUGAGACCGUGGAGCGCCCGAUUGGUUCACGAACGCUCCGUAUGCAUCGAGUGUCAGAGCGACGCCAUGACGAUGGAUAACCGUUGCCGUGGCGACGGGCUGCAGAACAUUAGAACCUUCUGGUCUGCUGCGUCAGCUCCGGGUUGCUCUGGGUCGUGGGUUCGAGAGUCAUUUACCGAGGACUGCCGGUGUCCGUCUUACUCCAUGAUUUUCGUCUGAACCGAAACACAACUUUCAUUUCGAGGGACACGGUUGCUCCAAAUGAUUCCAGGAGAGCCUCCAACAUCUGAAACCAAAUUCUCUCCAUCAAAAGUUAAGCAGUCUGUCACCUUCCUGUGCCUCCACCGAACCAACACACAACCCUGUUCUUCUGAAGCUCUGCUGUCUACCUCCAUAAUGCACCUGCACCCGUCUCUGAUGCCUGCGAUUAUAGAUUUCACUCCGUUCUGUUUCUCUACUCUCGUCUCUCUUCUGAUUCAUGCGUACUGUAUUUAUAUAUGUCUGAAUGUACUUCUGUGUGUCGGUUUGCACGUGUUGCGUGUGUUUUUGAAUGCAGAACUCGUUAAUGCACGAGUCGCUGAAAGACAAGCUAAUGCAUAUGAAUGUUUCUGUUUGGUAGUAUUUUAUUUUCCGGAGAAAAUCCCUUCUUUGAACGUUUUCAGGUGUCCUGAUGUGUGCACAAUGCUACAGUGCCUUAUGAACGCCUCUUUCACACGGUGACAUCAGCGUUCGUUUUGUUUGCAUGGUCUGGAAGCUGUGUUUGAAACCGCACUCGAUUCCUCAUGAAAAAGAGACACGGUUAAAGUGUUUUCAGUUGGUAUAAAAGCAAAGCGGCAUAAACCGCAACUUGCCUUGACAGUAUGCUGCUCAUCUCUGCAGAAAUUGCCUUUCCAUACAAUCAAAUUUAUUUUAUUAAAAUAAAUUUCCAAUUUAUUUAUUAUUACAGCAUCUCUGACUCUUAAUAUAUAACGACUUUCACGCACACAUAUAGUUUAACAUCAGAAUUUUUUUUUGUCUUCAACAGUUUUAUUGAUGCUUUUGUAUGAUUUUGUUGCCUUUUGUUAUUUGCAAUGCUAUUCUUAUUCCCAUCACACAUUAAACAGUCAUAAGUCUU